AUGCCACAACCAAAACGACAAAAUAUUGGCCGACGAUCACGGAAUUAUGUCGCCCAACAAUAUCAUAGGAGAUCUCAAAGUGAAGAGGCACAAUUACAACGAAAUGUUGUUCAACAAGUACGAAACGCACGUCGAAAUACAUCUGCAGGUCCGUCAACAAAUCCAGCAUCAAGACGAACGUCAAGAAUUUCGCGUCGUGCUCAAGCCAUGGAAUUUGCUGCAUUUCAUUACAGCAGUGAAAUGGAUUACAGUGAACCUGGUCUUAUUGGUGGAAUGACGGUGAGAUGUCUACAGUGUGCUGCAGCCAAAUUUCCAGGUGAAACGGCUGGCAUGUGUUGUACUAAUGGCAAAGUGAAAUUGCCAGCAUUCGAAUCUCCACCUGAUCCACUGCACUCAUUAAUUUUUGGAACAUCAACAACGUCCAAGCAUUUUUUGUCCCACAUUCAAGAAUAUAAUACGCCAUUUCAAAUGACUUCUUUUGGUGCGACGAAAGUUAUAAGAGACAGUUUUAUGCCGACGUUCAAGAUUCAAGGCCAGAUUUAUCAUAGAGCUGGUUCAUUAUUGUCAUUCCCUGACACUGAACCUCAAUUUUUGCAAAUCUCUUUUGUUGGGAACAGCAAUGAUGAAUUGAAUCGGCGUUGUGCAAUUGCUCCAAGUGCAAGGCGUCAAAUUAUUUUGGACCUGCAAAUUUUUUUCCAUCAACACAAUGGAUUAGUUCAAUUGUUCAAAACCGCUCUUGAUCUUAUGCCAUCCGAUAAUCAUAGGAUAGUAAGAAGAGCCGACAAAACGCCUUUUGGAGAGCAUGCAAGACGCUUCAAUGGACCAACCAUUGAUGAAUUGGCCAUUGUAAUUGUUGGAGAGCAGUUUCUAUCUCGCGAUAUUGUGCUACACCGAAGAAAUGAGCAAUUGCAGUGUGUAUCAGAGCUUCAUCGCAGCUAUGAUGCAUUACAGUAUCCAUUAUUGCACUGGAAAGGUGACGACGGCUAUCAUAUCAAUAUACCAAUGAUAGAUCCACGAACCGGUCGUGACAUACCAGGCAAGACGGUUAGUGCGAUGAACUAUUACUCAUACAGAUUCAUGGUUCGUCCACAAGAAGACAACUUCAUUUUAAGGUGUGGCAAACUAUUCCAUCAAUAUGCUGUGGACAUGUAUGCGAAGAUUGAAUCAGAACGUCUCAAUUACCUUAGAUUCAAUCAAGCGCAAUUGCGAUCGGAAGAGUACAUACACUUACAAGAUGCAAUAGUGAAUGAUGGCGAUGUCAAUAAUAUUGGACGUUUAACAAUAUUACCAGCGACUUAUAUUGGCAGUCCGCGUCACAUGCAUCAAUAUACAUAA